AUGGAGACUCGAGAUAGCGGUGUCCCGAGGGCAUCUCUAGCGGGUUUCGUGUCCACAUCCGUGUUGACAUCUUCUGAUGGCCUCUUCGGUGACAACGUGGAAGAGAAGCGUGUGACAGAAGCUCCAGUCCCACGAGCAGAGGACGCUACAGGCUAUCAACCACUGUAUGAUCAACUUCAAGAGCGUCGAGAAAAAAAGGACAGUGAGUGGAAAGAGAAGAAUAAUCCUUUUGCGCCACCCAAGGGACUAGAUGAUGAAGAGUUUGAGUACAUAAAGGAUCUAGAGAGCAGGAAGGAGGACGUUGAGCGAAAACGCCACGCACAGCAUGAGGAAGACCUCGCCCAAUUCCUGGUGGCACGCGGUGCACCUAAAGCUUCCGCUCAAGCAGUACUUACAGCGCAGCAUUUGCAGAAAUAUCCAGUCAACGGUGAAGUGAAGCUGACAAGUAAGAAGAAAACUGCGGCGGUGGUGGUCAAGUCCAAGCGAGAAGCUAAAAGAGCGUUGCGCAAACACGACCAUGAUGCUAUAAAAUUGUCGGAUGAGUUGAUGGAUCAACCUCUAAAGAAAAAGCCAAAGGUCGAGAAUCCGUGCAAGUCGGCGGUGCCAACAAUGAAGAAGUCGAAUGCAGCAGCGCUUGGACUUGCGUCAUAUGGCAGCGAUAGUGAUAGCCAAAGCGACGAGGCUGCAGCGAACUAG